AUGAAGGUCUUCUCUAAUCUGGACACCUCACCGGGACAGAAUUGUUCCCUUUGUAUACGCAAGUUUUUGUCCUACAAAACUCAGUGUCCAACGUGCUGUGUGGCAGUCUCGGAAUCUGACCUGAAAAAUAACCGGACAUUAGAUGAACUAGUAAAGAGCUUUAAUUCUGCAAGACAACAGCUGUUCCAGUUGGUCUUGGAUACUCCACUGAUUUCAUCUCCAUUGGCCUGUAGCAGACAUUCAGCUGGCAAAAGCCACGUUCGGAGUCCUGUUUCUUGUCCAGUUUUAAAAGAAGGGGUGCCAGUGAUUGACAGUUUCUUGAAAAAGGAAAAAGUUUGCACCUCAGCAAAGGCAGACAGCCUGGCAGGAACAGAGCAGAAGAUUUUCAAAACUGAGGAAGACCAUAAGCUUUACAGCAGUUCUGCAGAGGUUGAUGGUAAAGACAAUGAAGUGGGAUCACGAGAGAGUCCCGAGUGCACCAAAAGUCACGAAAAGCCUUCUACAUCUGUAAUAAAAGUAGUCAGGAAAGUGGAUUGUCCUGUUUGUGAGGUUGCUAUUCCCGAGCAAUAUAUAAACAAACAUCUGGAUAGCUGCUUGACCAGAGACGAGAAGAAGGACAGCCUCAGAAGUUCUGCUCACAAAAGGAAGCCUAUGUCUAAAGUUGUUUACAACUUGCUCUCUGAUCGUGAUUUGAAGAAGAAACUAAAGGAACACGGCCUGUCUACCCACGGGACCCGACAGCAGCUCAUUAAAAGACACCAAGAAUUUGUGCACAUGUAUAACGCUCAGUGUGAUUCUCUAAAUCCCAAAUCGGUUGCAGAGGUCGUUAAAGAGCUGGAAAAGAAUGAGAAGAUUCGGGUUCAACUUGAAUGUAACAAAACUGGUGAAAAUAGCUUGAUCUUCACAAAGGACCAGACAGAGGAAGAAAUAGAUGAGAUCCACACUGAUUAUCGAAACAAACACAGAACUGAAUUUCAAUUUUUGGUGGAUCAAGUAAAUAAUCGGUGGAAGAAAAGUGGUAAGAGGAAAACAGAAAGUGCUCAAAACAGAGAAGAAAUCAUUGUCCAAGAACUGCCAGCGGCCACAGAACACGCGGAAGAGCAUCACACCGCUGCCGUCCUUGGAAAGGCCCAGGUACUCAAACCAGACACUCCCGAUGGCAAAAGAAGUGAAGCUCGUUCCUUGGAGGAAGGCCAGAGAUCAGUCUCUCCUGCGUUCUCACUGUCAUCUGGAUCAACAAGCAGCUCCAGUUCAGACAUCCUGAGAGAUCUGCAAGAGCCCGAGACGUGCAACUCUGACAACUGUGGGAGAUACAACUUGGUCAGUGUUUUUGGAUCCUUGGAAGUAAUACCUGAGUGCUCCAAGGAUCCACAGGUGACCAGUUGA